UCUUUUUUUUUUUUUUUUACAGCAAUAUCAACAAUAGCGACGUUUAAAUAAUUUGUAAUAUUUUCCAUAACUUUUUUACAUUCGGUGUGAACGCAAGGACAAAUUACUGCAAAAACCCAUUAAAUGGGAGAAAAACUACCUGACGACUGGGAAAGAGUCGACUCUUAUUGCUGAGCUGAACCAAAUGAACUGACUCAAUAAGAAGAGUCAAAUUCAGGAGCAGCGCUGUUUUUGUGCACGCGCGGCGCUGCUGUCGAGCGUCACGUUGGCAUGGAAACUGCUGCUACCUGCGUAUCGUGAGCUUCAUAGUUUUAGCUACUUGUUUUCAUAUUCGACUUCAACCGUAUAUUAUGCUAUAAAAACCUCAGAGGAUUACUUCAAUGCACCGUUUGAACAAUUUGCGAGGUGUUCAGUAGGGGUGUUGGUAUUUUUGUUUUGUUUGUUUAUCCUUUUUAUGGCAGUAAAGCCAACUAAUAACUGACGUCACCUAAGGACUUGUCUUCCUAUUCUAGUACUUAUAUCUGUAUACUCAUCACAUUGUGAAUAUCUGGGAAUGUUUAAAAACGAGUAUCAGGGGGGUGUUGUUGUGGAGGUCUUCAGUGCACAAGGAAAAGAUCCUGUUGCAAAAUGGAAACUUAGCGGCCAGCCGUGUAUCAGUAAGAUGUUCGAUAAAGAAAUGAAAGGUUUUGUGUAUAGCCUCGAAGGCAGCAGUCAAACACAUAGGAUGCAGUUACCCAAAGAUGGAAAGAUACCUCUUGUCCUGAUUCAGAAGUUUCUGGUCCUGCAGGUGAAUGUUCCUCCUGGUAAAGACUUCUCAACUGAGCUUCUUGUAACAGAUCAAGGGCACUUGAAACGAAGGCUUUACUUGUCCACUGUCCAUAAAGAAUUUUCAUCUACGCCUCUGCAUGCCAGAAUACCGCUUAUAAGCCUCAGACGAAACAUUUGGUGUAACCUGUGCAUUGACCUGGGCUCAUUCACCACUGAGCUGUUCCGAGGCGCUAUGUUCCUGUCUCUGGAUGGCAUUGUUAUAUCAGCCUGCUGUAAAGUCAGGCGCAUCUUCACCAUGAGGAAUGAACCUGCAGAUCAUGUGGACAGAGAUCCUUAUGAUAUAAGAAAUUAUCCUAUGGAGGAUAUUCCUAAAAGCUGCCAGUUUCCUGCUGAGAUUCAACACGUUACACAGCUAAUGAAUAUGGAAAGACUGAGACAGGCUGAUCUGAGAAGUGUAUCUAUCAGCUCGGAAUCUGAACAGCUGAGCACAGGGAGAGCGACUCGGGGUCCGAAAACCCAGGACUGCUCUCAUAUUGCUUUUGGUUCGAAAGUCACAGGACGUCCUCCGCUUACUGCAAGAAAGGGCAGUUCAUUAACAACUGGAACAGAACACAAAGCACGUUCAGGGAGAAGUGGAAGACGAAAGACACAACCACCAGCUGAGCAAGCGUCUUCUGAAAGGACAGGCACUGGGAGGCCAAAGCUGGUUCUAAAUGAGAGAAUAGUUUUAAAUCAGAUAUGUAGUUCAUAUUCUCCUGAGCCAAUACCCAGAUCUUCAGAAUGCCAACCUCCAUCUGAUUCACCCAAUGAGUUGCAUAUUUUUGAGGAUAGAAAUGAUGCUGCCAGACGGACUUCAACUCCAAUCAGUCUGGAUGAAGCUGAUGAAGAGGACUGCGAGGAGGUCUUUACUUUUUCUUCACGUCCUCACUCAGCCAGAAGGGGUCAAACUUUCAGCGUCGCCCAUGAGAGUUUAUCUUCUGACCUUACAGCUGAUGACCUUGGGUGGGAAGGAGAGCGGAAAGAGGCAUGUUGGAAGGAUGACUUCAUUGCAAGUGAGGGUGAAGAGGAUCAGAGCUUCUCUGGAUUCCUCCCUCAGAGAUUUGCAGCACACACUGGUCCUUCUCAUCCUACCCUGGCUUCUGUUCCCAUUCCCAGAUCUACCUCUUCACCCAGGCUUUGCACUGAGCCAACUAAGGCCUUUACUGUAACACAUACAUCCACCCAGUCUUCCUCAGAGGGGUCCCGAAGGACUGAGAUGGUGUUUGUGGCACCAACCCGCUGUCUCUCACCAUGCACUGCCAAUCUGUGGAGCAGACAGCAACACUCUAGAUCUGAGCAAAGCAAGCCUGAUGGAGAUAUGAGGACAUCCAUUAAUAGAACAUCUGUUCGAGAAAUUCCCCCUGAGGAUGUGAAGCUCCACAAGCACUGGGAGAAUAAUGAAGCUGCUUGGCAUCUACAGGUGAGGAAGAGCAUGAGCAAGAUGCCUGUGGGCUCGAGCACAUGUGAUUUAUCUAAGAAAGCAGAGCAGGAGGAGGACGAAGAAGAAGAGCUGCGGAUGUUAGCUAGUCUAAAAAGACAGCAGGAAGAAGAGGAGGGUGGGACCUGUGACUCAGGCCUCAGUGCUUCACAAGUAGGAGAGGUCCAGCAGUGCAAUGUCAGCCUGAGUAUGAGCAGUGAUGACACAUCUACAUGGACCCAGUGUAUCCCUCUAGCAUCUGAUCAGGGUCAGUACUACCAGAAAGAGAUGAAUCCACUUCUCCACUCUAAUCCCAGGGAAUGGAUGGAUGUUCUCAGCCCUCCAAUAAUUCAUCCCAGACACCAGCAGACUGAGAGCAAAGGAGACUACAGCAACAUGUCAACCAAAGGGUCUGUGACUGAGGAGAACUGCAGUGAGGAUGAGUUUCUCAAUCUGCUCUAUGAUUCAUGUCUAAACUGCUACUUUGAUCCUCAAACUGGGAAGUACUAUGAGCUGGUCUAAGUUUGAAGAAAUCACACAUAUAUCAUAUAAUAUGAGGCACACAAAUAAAACUGUGUGUGUAUAUAU